AUGCGCCCCUUAUUGACUGCUGUCGCGCUGUUCGCGAUAGCAGCGACCGCUCAAGAACCAGUAGAGCAAUGGACGCCCGGUGAUCCCUGUCCAACAGCAAUUCACGCUAGAAUCCCAAAUAUCCAGUUUACCAAGUCACCCUUUGGAAGUUACGAAUCCGUCCAUCAAGCCAUGCGAAUGUGUUCAAAUAUUACAGAGUUGCACAUGGUCAAUCUGGGUUCAACGUGUGUUGAUCGACCUGACGGUUAUAACCUACCGUUCAAACUCGAUGGUAAAGAGCGUUAUCUCUCAGCACCACAAGUCUUGUCCGUCUCCGGUUACGACUUCAAUUUUCGUGAGUGGAAUGCCUUAUUGUCGUUCACGCCGCAGUGGGCUCCUGUGGAUGGGUCGUGGCCUCGGUCGUCUUCAACCAACCCUUACAUUGUAAGGGCCGUUGAUAUGAUCUACCGCGCUAGAUGGCAUUGGGAAAAUCUGUUUGCGCGAAUCGCCAGGAACACCCCGAUGGGACCUGGGCCGAAUGAUGUGGCAUUUUGGGACUUUGGUGAGUCUAGGCGAUGGUACGACCAGAGGGACACGCCGCGUGAAAGACGCGAUUUGGACAAUGCUCAGCUUUGGGUUGAAGCGAUGGACUUUUCGCGAGUACACACCCUCUUCAUCACGGAUUAUAUGGUGAAACCCCAGGGUAAAGGUCUGUUUGAGGAUCUUCCACGUGCACUCACUGGUUUGAGAACUCUUGAAGUUGAUGGUACAUGGGAAACUGCGGACCCGGAAUCUUUCGCAGGCGACGACUACGACAGGCAAAAAAGAGAUCAGCGCAAGCUCAGUGAGGACAACAGUGCUGGAGGAGCAGCGACUACUGGCGAGCGGCGGGAGUCAAUCAUACCACCAGCUAGAGAUUUCAUAACAGCUGUUCCUCCGCUGACUAGUCUUACAUGGACGCGGGGUGGGACUGUUCAAGAUGAUGUUUUUGAACCUAUCGUCAAGCGUCACGGACCUACGCUCAAACACCUUGAGUGGACAAACCCUGAACUGCGAUUCGAGAACAGACCCAUUAUUUCGGUUGAACAGAUACGAAACCUGGGCGAGUGGGCGCCUGGCCUGACAAACCUCACCAUUGACCUGGACCGAACAGACGGGACCUGGCCAUGGAAGCAUCUCAAGGCUAUGUCGGAGAGUAUGCCCAAGCUGACGAACUUGACGAUCUAUCUCGACAUGCACGACAGAGCAGCGCCGCCCAAGGCCAGAGCUAAGGAAGACCUGUUGGCUAAACCCGCUUUGACCGAGAAGGCGGCACUGGAUAUUUUCCACAUUGUCAAUUUGUUCAAAACAGGAGACAAGAUCCAGAAUCUUCAGCUUCGGCAGGGUGAUUGGGAGGAUCCUUGGGAUGAGUCGAAUUGGGGAGCGGAGUGGAUGGAGGGGAAGAGAAUAUGGGCAAAUUGCAGUCUGCAGGACGAGAGAGGAAUGAUAAAGCCGCGAUGUGAGGAAGGGCAUGCUGAGGAAGUUGGGUUCGAAUGGUAA